AUGUUACGAUUAAGUUUAACCUUUAUGAGAAGAAAUGUAUUUCAAUUUUCUAUGCCAUUUAUGCCAUUCUCAACCGAUAAAGAACCUCCAAAAGGUAUUUUUGCUUAAUCAUAAAUGUAGGAUUUUAAAAAUUUUAGAGGAAAUCUAAAAUUUAAUAAGAACAAAAAAACCAGGAUGAGAAGGAACAAAAACACGAAUUAGAAGAGAAAAAAGAAUAAAAUGAAGAGGUGAUUAAAGAAGAGCAAGAAGUGAUUAAGGAAAAUUAAGAGGACAAAGAAUAAUAAUAAGAAAGUAUUGAGUGAAUUAAAUUAAUUUUAGUCGAAAAACCUUAAAAAAAGAAGUAUCAGUUCACAUAUGAUCCAAAAACAUUUAAUUUAUAAGAUGGGAACAAGAAGGAAGAUAAUUAAGAGAAAUAAGAAAAAUAAGAGUAAUAGUAAGAGAAAUAAAAGGUAAAUGAGGAAGAAAUAAAAGAAGAGUAGCAAUAAAAGUAGUAAUCUUAGAAGAAAUCUCCAUUUUCUAAUUUAAAUUAUUAAAAAUUGCUUGAAUAUUUCAACAAUCUUAAAAAUCGAAAAUAUGUUUAUAUGUUCCUUGGAGUUGGUGGUUUAGCUGCUUUAUAUUUGUAUUUAAAUUAGGAUGAGGAAAUCACUUAUACAGAUUUCUUGAAAAACUAUUUAGAAACUAGUCAAGUGAAUUAGAUAACUAUAUUUAAGAAUGAAAUUAGUAGAGUUAAUUAGGCAUCGAUCAGCACAUAAAGUGGAACAUCAAAGAGAUUGAUGAUAAUGAAUGUGGAUAACUUUUUAGAAAAUUUAGAAAGAUUUUAGACUGAAAAAGGAUUGAGUCCUGGAUAAUUCAUACCUGUUACUUUUGAGGCAUAAUUAGAUAAAGGUAAAUUGUUGGACAGAGUAUUGAAUAUCUUAUACUUUGGUGUCACAGUUACAUUAGUAAUAGUCUUAUUUUAAUCACUUAAAGGUAGUAUGGGAAAUAUAAAUAAAGGAAGUGGUGGAGCUGGAGGAAAUGAUGUAUUUGGAUUUGGUAAAUCUAAUGUAAAGUAAUUUGGAUUUGAAUAAAAUGUGAAAGUCAAAUUUAAGGAUGUUGCUGGAUUAGAUGUAGCUAAAUUAGAAAUCAAGGAAUUUGUUGAUUUUUUAAAGAAACCUCGUAAAUAUAAGGAAAUGGGUGCAAAAUUACCAAGAGGAGCAUUAUUAACAGGACCUCCUGGAACUGGUAAAACAAUGGUGGCAAAGGCAUGUGCCGGAGAAGCAGGAGUUCCAUUUUUUUUUGUAAGUGGUUCAGAUUUUGUUGAAAUGUUUGUUGGAGUAGGAGCAAGUAGAGUUAGAGAUUUAUUUAAAUAAGCAAAAGCUAAAUCUCCAAGUAUCAUAUUCAUUGAUGAAAUUGAUGCUGUUGGUAGAAAAAGAGAUGCUAAAUUUGGAGGUAAUGAUGAAAGAGAUAAUACAUUAAAUUAAUUAUUAGUAGAAAUGGAUGGAUUUGGAACUGAUACUAAUGUUAUUGUUUUAGCUGCUACUAAUAGAAAAGAAUUACUUGAUCCAGCAUUAACAAGACCUGGUAGAUUUGAUAGAUCAGUAGAUAUAUCAUUACCAGAUAUUGAAGGUAGAAAAUAGAUAUUUAUGGUUCAUUUGGCACCUUUAAAAUUAGAUCCAAGAAAAACUAUGGAAGAUUAUGCAAGAAGAUUAGCCACUUUGACUCCAGGAUUUAGUGGAGCUGAAAUUGCUAAUCUUUGUAAUGAAGCUGCUAUCAUGGCAGCUAGAGCUAAUAAAAUAUAUGUUGAUNAUAUCUCCAUUAGCUAAUAUUAAUUUUGAAAAAGUUUAUGAAUACUUCAACAAUCCUAAAAAU